ACACACUGGGGGAUGGUUUACAGCCCAAUUACCCAGCCUGCCUCUGUGCUAGAAGGGGCCUCUAAAUCUUCCGUUGUCCACAAUAUGACCUCUGUUACAGUACUUCUUCCUCUUGGCCAUCAGCUAUACAGUUCACCUCACUGCACUCUGUUUUCUUGGGAUGCUGUUAAACUAUCUUUAAUCACUCCUUCAAGAGUUUUUCAGAUCAUUCCAAAGCAUUCAUUUAGCUACAAGCGGAGUAAGAUUCUGGUUUGUUGAAGUCCUAUUUUUUUGUAGUUUGGGCCAUAAUUUCUGUCAGUUAUGAUACUAUUGUAUUCACCAAAGUCAUGGUUUGGAUCUGGAUAAACAGCGACAUCACUACAACCAAGUCCAGCAGUGAGACAAUAACAGCCUGUAAACAAGCCAACAGUUAAAUCGAUUUAUCUAAAUCAAAUAUCUACAUUGUUUUUGUGGCCUGGCUGCUGAUAUCUGGAAAUCAUAACACAUAUUGUACAGUACAGGUCGAUAUCAUUUUGAUACCCCUGAAAAAUCUGUUUCCGGAUUUUAUUUUAUUGUGUUUACGAGCUAGUUGCAACAGUAAUGGAGCAUACAGUAUGUAGAUUGAGUAGCUAAUUGGCUGAUGAUCUAUUGAUGUUGUGUACUGAUGACCUACUUGAGCUCAAAAUCAGUAACUUGUUGUUGGUGGUGUCGUAGUAAGUAUAGAUAGAAUAUUUAAAGUUUCCGUACUAAUUUUAUUGUUCACCUUAAUCCAGUAUUUGUUUCGGAACUUCCCAAAUCUCAGCAAUAUACUUUUACCAGAUGGAUCGCUGGUCAAAAUAACAAAACAAAAAAAAGACAUACCUUGCAUGAAACCACUAUUUCUCUCUUUUUAAAAUAAUUUCACAGUGCCCUUUUAAUGUGUGUAAGAGUGUGUUCAGCCAGACUGAUGAAGAUAUAUGAAUGAAAAACCUCUAGGACGCGACCACAGAAGGCUUUUAAAUGGAUGUGGCCGGACUGUGUUUGUGCUCUGAGCAUUACAAGUCCCAAUAUUAUAUAUUAUGUUUCAUCAUCCCAGAACAAACUAAAAACCUACUUAACUUGAACCAGAUGCCCUUCAGACUUUUGAUCCAUCCAUCUAUUCACUUCAUCCCCCUCCUCCUCCAUCCAUUCAUGGCUGCUAUGGGCCUAGUUGUCAUGGUUACAGUGUCCUUGCCGUCGCUAAGCCGAUUGUGACUUGUGCCACCAGGAAGGAAAACAGGUUUAUGAGCAACACACACGCACACACACUCUUUACCGGGCUUCUUGUGAAGGAUUUUCAUUCAUAUAUCGGUUUGGCUUAAAACGCGCUCUCUCUCUCUCUCUCUCUCUCACUCACUCACUCACUCACUCACUCACGUACAGUACAGUAGUGACUACACAGGGCUACUCUGACAGAGAGUCGGCCCCAUUAAUCAUCCAGUACGCAUGUGCAUCAUCUUAUUUAUAUAUACACGUCUGUGUAUUCUGAAAGGUUUAUGAUAGUAGAGUCACAAGCUACGUUGCCAACCUUUAAAGGCCGCCAUGAUAUAUAACUUGGAGUUCAUCCUCAUGCAGCAUGGUUGGUUUUGGAGAAGAUUCUGCUUUCAAAUUGCAUAUUGAAGUAGAGGAGGAAGACACACAAGUACUCUUUUUGUUGAGCUGGAAGCUGGCAAAUGUUACCUGGAAGAAAGUGUGUGUGUGCGUGUGCAUGUGCGUGUGCGUGUGUGUGUGUGUGUGUGUGUGGCCUUGCUAACACCUCUUAUCAUAGAAAGAGGAUGCUGGGAGAUGGAGACAGACACAGUUGCCAUAGUUUCACGCAUCUCCCUCUCAGGGUCGUUUAAGGAAAAUGUUCCGACCUGUUCCUCUCAUCCUUUAGCUCUCAUUAAUAUGGAUGCUGAUGGUGUUUGUUAUCUCUGCCCUUCUCUCUCGAUUCAAUAAAACCGCUGCUGCAUUUUCUUUUUACUUCAAUUUGUGUGUUCCGUCUGCCAUGUUUUUUCUUCUUUUCUCUUUCUCUCCUCUCUCACUCAUAUGUUCAUAUAUAUUUAUAUAUACUGUAUACAUAUUCUCUUUCUCAGCAAAUUUACCGGGAUCAUAUAACCUUUUGCCAUGACAUAACAGCAGUGUCAUAAGCAUUACAGGAAAUGCAAAAAUUCCAUUAACAACAUAUUUCAUAGUUAAUUUAUAUACAGAUGAGUUGAUAAAAAACACCCCCGAGAUGAAGAUAUUUAUUUAUUUCCGCAUCUCAUUGUAAUACUCACACCUGAGUGUCAACUUCUACAAUUGAUUUACUCUUCUGGGCUUCAGGAUGAACUGGUUUAACAUCGACUGACAUGGCCAAAGGCAGCGGUCCAAGUUUUCAGCAGCCAAAUGCUUGUAAAUUCUGUCUUUGCUGGCCACGUCAUACUUUCAGAAGCUUUGACAACUAGACGAUUCAUCUUCAUUCAUUUGUUUUCAACUCAAUUUAGCAGCAACGGUGAGCUUCUUUUUUCCCUGCCUAUUACAAUAAGGAGAAAAUCGUAUUUUCUGACAUAUUCAAAUCUGCACAAAUCAAUUAUAUAACUAUGGGAUGACUGUGUAAUGUAUAAUUAGUCGCUCGAAGUGAUGAACCCAUGGAGAAUUCACACAACUCUGCAGCGCCCCUCUGCUCUACGGAGCAGUUCAGCUUUUUUCCGCUGAUUGUUUUGGUUCGACGGCAACACAACUUGGUUCAGUGUCGGCGGUCUCAUCGUCUUUGUCCAACCACAGCUGGCAGCUGUUAUCUGAUUAUUAUCUGAUUUCAUAAACCCUGUUUGAAUGUCAUGCCUGGCACCAAACAUCAGACAAAGUGAACGUUUUGGACUUGCGUACAUUCAUCAGGUGACCAUAAACAUGAUUCCAAAUGAAUGUUAAUGUUACUGCUGGAUCUGUAAAUGGACAACUGUUUGCCAACACAUAUGCAUAUGAGCUUUACAAUGUGUCAAUGUUGUGUUUACAGUUUGUUCUGCUCUCCCCGAGUGGCUGAAAAAACAUCAAUACAGCAAAAAUUUAAUUCAAAUAAAUACAUCAUGUUAUGAAGGUCUCAAUGCUCUGUAUUACCAUUAAAGAUUAUAUGAUUCUUCCGCAUUAGCCAUUAAAAGUUGUUAACAGAGAGAACACUACCACAAUGUGCUUUUUUGAUGAAGUAAGAGGAGAAAAUGUACUUUCUUAAAACUUUUAGUGCCUGGACUCCAUCCUUCAGUGAACAUACAUGCUAAUGUUUUCUUAAUUUAAAUCCACGUCACGUCUAUUUAUAUUUAAUUGUGAGCAUGCCAGUGACAUUUUAGCCUGACAUCGUGUACGUUAAAGUGAAGUGUUACAAACAGGAAGGGUUAGAUGCCACUGAUCUGGCCUCAACGGAGAAGGAUGAAGGUGUGUCUACCUGGGUGGCAGUGCUCGGCUGGUGAAAUAUUCAUCAUACAAUUUCCCAUCUCAAGUGUUGGAGGUGGUGGAGUUUAUAUAUGAAAAAAACACUGAUAGUCGGACGCGUUUUGGAACAGUGCACAAGGUUAUGAAUCGUGUUUAAGUUCAGGAAGGAUGCCUACGCCUGUGUUUUGAUUUAUACCCGUUUGUGCUUUUGGCAAGUGGUCAGGUUGAUAUUUAAGGAAAGAGGAGAACCACGAGACGGAGGAAGUAUUGACUGAGAUUUGAAGCUGCUAUUUUAGGCUGCUCUGGCUGGUGUGAAGAGUUAAAACUAUGAGAGUGGGACCGGUUAGGUAAUGACGUAGAAGUUAGAAAAUGGUUGACGUGUGUGUUUAUAUGCAGGUGUUGCUCUGUUAUUCUGUGAAUGGUGAAGUAGAGUGCUGCACAUUUCCACUGCAGUCAGUCAGCCCGCUUAGCUUUAACUCUGAUGACCUCAAUGUUUAAAUUACCAUCACCAAUAUUCAACUCUUCAACAUCGAUCUUGAGGUAUUUGGUAAAAUGCAUAUUGAUAGUGUAUUUGAUUUUCCCCAUAUGGCCUAGACCUAUUAUCUAGCCCUCUCUUUUUAUCUCUCUUACUCCCCCCCUGCCAUUUCCGUCUCUCUUUUAUUUAUUUAUUGACCAUCGCUGCCACUGUGGAUGUUACACAAGGCCAUUAAGGCCUCAUGUCAACUGGCCCAGCACUGAACUGCCUCUCAUCUUACUGCUAUCCUUGCUGGGGCUAUUAUUAGUACCUAUGCCAACACAGGAUUUCCUGUAGCAUCUGUGCUAAUUCUGUAACAUCCACCUUUAACUUGUCUUAUAGCAUUUGAUAUAAAACUAGCAUCUGUGCUAGUCGAAAGAUCCUGCUCAUUAAAACUUUUGCCGGUAUUUGGUCAGUGUAGUAGUGGUUUUAGAUUUUGUGUGUGUGUGUGUGUGUGUGUGUGUGUGUGUGUGUGUGUGUGGCGUGAUAGUGUAAUUGGAUAAGCAGAUGGACAGAUGGUCUGCUAAAGGAUGUUUAGUAACUCCAGAACCCUUUACGAAGAAGUCAAGGAUCGAAACAUGUUGCCUAUCAACAGUGAUGGAUAAACCUGUGACUAGUCAUAAACCACCUUUUCAUUAUCUUCUUCUGUAUCUACAUAUCUCUGUUUUUGUACUAUAAUGUAAUGUGCUAAGGUAGCACUGAUUCCACAAAAGAAUUGUAUUGUAGGUAUUGCUCAUACUUAUAACAAUCUUUCUUAUUCUACUAUCUGUUCUAUAGAUGAAACUCUUGUCUCUAUAUUUCUGUGGGAUAACGGCACUGGCAAAGACGGAGAUAAUCACGUUAAGUAGUGAGGGAUUAAGUCUAUAAGUCUUUGCUGGGCUGCUAGUUCUUUGUUCUCAUUCAGCCGGAACCUAAACUUUUUAUUUUUUCUCCAUUUGUCUCUUCUUUUAUGACAUUCUUUAAAUCUGUUCUCAUCCGGCCUGCCCCAGCUAGUAUUAAAGCACCAUGUCGGGAUGUCUAAGGAUUGCACUGGGAAUGGAUGAUUGUCCAGCUGCAGCGCUGCCUCUUCCCACAACCUUCCUUCCCUCUUCCCACCUCUUCCCCUACCGUCCUGUCAGUCGCGGCUGACUGCAGGUGUUGCUAGAUGGUCAACAGAGUAAGUGGGAGAACGAAUGGGGGGGACAGGCGAACGGACCGAUUGAAGUUGGACAGGUGGAGAAACUUUUUGGCGAAGUGGAAAGAAAGGUGUGUUGUCGGAGCAGGCUGUUCAUCAAAGGAAAAAAUGAACAGGAAAGGAUGAGUCAGCCCUGCCCACCAAAAUAUAGCAGCCCUGCCUUCAGAGAUGAUGAAGGGGCAGAGAGGGAAGAGUUUCAGACUGAAACAAACAGAGGGAGACAUUCCUGCCUCUCACCUAACAGAUUAGGGCGCCUGCCUGCACACAUUUCUGGACACGUUUCAAGCACCCAACACAACUCUGAACCAAAGGCACACUGACUCGGUGCAAACAAGCCAUCACUGAAUGAGGACUAAACCGGUGCUUUAAUCUGCGUUUGUUUUUAUGCAGUCCAUCCAGUCUGCAGUUAUACAUGUUAGUAAGUUGUUAAUAGACUGGUUUGGUUUAUUAUCCAGGAGGUAUGUGGACAAAAGCAGAAUCAAGUGUCAUUCUGGAGGAGGAUAAACAGCUAGCUUGUUUUUAUUAAUGAUCCUUAAAAUAUUAUAGAAAAUAUUUGAUUGAUCGAUUACUCGACAGAAAAUGAAUCUACCACCACUUUGAUCAGUCAACUGCUUCAAACAUUCACUAUUUCCAACUCUUUUCUGUGUCUUUUACUCUUCAGUUCUAAUUAAGUAAUCGCACUUUCUUUAUCAUAGUCGAGGUACUGCAGUGUAUUCUCCCCUCUUUGUGUCUGCUUAGGCAGACCAAGUCUAUUGUAGGACAUUUGUUUUCAUAGUAAUGAGACUGAUGCACGGUUGGUUGGUUGGUUGGAUGUUUCGACUACUCUGUCUCCCUUCAUGUACACUAGUCGUUUAUGCUGUCUCCCACUCUGGACUUUCUCAAUUCAGCAGUCAGAACUGUCAUGCAUUUGACAACGUGCAGGUGCUGCUCCUGCUUCAUUUUCUAGGAAAGACGAGAGGCUACAGUGAGACAAAUACUGUAAUUGUCUUGUCUUUUUCAGCUCUUCAAUCGUCUCACUCUUCUAAACCUCAUUGUCACAGAGCGAACAUCAGGACAAGACAUUGCUGUCAAAGGGCUUUAACUUGCUGCUGUGAUUUGACCGUUUUUUGUUCAGCAGCUCAGCCUCUGUCACCUCCCACAGGCUCCCCAUCGGUCCUAACGUUUGUCUGCUUUGUUGUAAUAAUGUCGGAUCCAACAGUGGAGGAGGCAUGUGCUAACAAUGUGAACAUGCCCUUACUUGGCUAAAGCUCUUCUCUCAUGGCACUCUUCUUUGGAGCACUGGCCUGGCUGUAGACUUGCACUGGCCCCUUGUGUUUAUCAAAGACCAUUACACCAUGUUGGUCUGACAGGAGGUAGUACAUCUGCUUUCUAUCUGUCAGAAAGAUACAAGCUACUGAAGAUCCAAGUUUUAACUGACAUGCAACUUCUAAUUCCAACGGAUGCUUUUACCCAGAGGAAAUGCAAACUUCAUACAGGAUUGUCAAAUCUCUGAUUCUUGACGAGCAUGCCUCAGCAUGCAAUUACUUCCCUCCCCUUCUCUGGGAACUACUGCGGUUGCCAACAGAGGCUUGUGUAAUCAUACAGGGUGCUUAAUUAUGCAGAGUGAAUCUGUUUUUUGUUCAACUUCACUUCAAACUGUGUGAAACAGUUUAGUAGACUUGCCUGGAACUGCUCUGUGCUCCGGCAACAGUGUCUUUUUCCCCUUCUUCCUCUGUCACUAUACCACUCCCUGCUGCUUCCAAUGAGAAAACACUUCCUAAGAGACACUUCCUGCAGCUCUGUACCCAUUUCCUUCCUCCUACCUCUAUCCCCAACCAGUCAAUCUGCUGCACAUUUACUUCCUACUAGAGUAUACUUGUAGGUCUGUCAUUUUGGUAUUGCAUACAGAAAGUGUUGGCUAACUCUGACGUAGAUGCCGUGUGCUGUAUUUGUAAGACCGUGCAUGUCACAGAGAUUCACUGACACCAGUGACAUGGAAAUAUACGGACAUGUGGAGGCUCAUAUUCCGUACCCGUCGCACACAAGAGGAAAAUGGAGACAUCAAGGAGAUCAACAUCACCCACGUGGUCAAGGAGGGCUCGGAGAAGGCUGACGCCUCUCAGUUUGAAAUGCUCAAAGUGUUGGGACAAGGAUCCUUUGGCAAGGUGUUCCUGGUGCGAAAGGUGACCGACCCCGAUGCCAAUCAGCUCUAUGCCAUGAAGGUCCUCAAGAAGGCCACACUCAAAGUGAGAGACCGUGUGAGAACCAAGAUGGAGAGAGACAUCCUCGCAGAUGUCAACCACCCAUUUGUUGUCAAACUGCACUAUGCAUUCCAGACUGAAGGGAAGUUGUACUUGAUCCUGGACUUUCUCAGAGGAGGAGAUCUCUUCACCAGACUCUCCAAAGAGGUGAUGUUCACAGAGGAGGAUGUAAAGUUUUAUCUAGCAGAGCUGGCAUUAGGGCUGGACCACCUCCAUAGCCUGGGCAUCAUUUACAGGGACCUCAAACCUGAAAACAUUCUCCUGGAUGAGGAGGGACAUAUCAAACUCACAGAUUUUGGCUUGUGUAAAGAAGCCAUCGAUCAUGAGAAGAAAGCGUAUUCCUUCUGUGGUACCGUUGAGUACAUGGCACCAGAGGUUGUGAACAGGCAGGGACACGACCACAGCGCCGACUGGUGGUCGUUUGGAGUACUAAUGUUUGAGAUGUUGACUGGAUCGCUGCCAUUUCAAGGGAAGGACCGCAAAGAAACUAUGAGCCUGAUUCUGAAGGCGCGUCUGGGAAUGCCUCAGUUCCUGAGUUCAGAGGCCCAGUCUCUGCUCAGGGCUUUGUUCAAGAGGAACCCUACCAACAGACUGGCAGCGAGUGCAGAUGGUGCAGAGGAGAUCAAACGACAUGGAUUCUUCUCCACCAUAGACUGGAAUAAACUCUUCAGAAGAGAAUUAAAACCUCCGUUCAAACCGGCGGUGGCGCGUCCGGACGACACCUUCUACUUUGACUCCGAGUUCACCUCCCGCACCCCGAAAGACUCCCCUGGCGUGCCCCCCAGUGCCGGAGCUCACCAGCUCUUCAGAGGCUUCAGCUUUAUUGCAUCGACUCUGUUGGAGGAGGAAGGUUCAGUGGAGUCAGUCAAGCCACCGCCACACCCAGUGGUCCAGCAAUUACACGGGAAGAAUCUGCUGUUCAGCGACGGCUACAUAUUGAAAGAAGACAUCGGCAUGGGCUCCUUCUCUGUCUGUAAACGAUGUGUCCACAAAGCCACCAACACAGAAUACGCUGUCAAGAUGAUAGAAAAGACCAGUACAGACCCCUCUGAGGAGAUUGAGAUCCUACUUCGAUAUGGACAGCACCCAAACAUCAUAACGCUGAAGGAUGUGUAUGACAAUGGCAAGCAGGUGUUCAUGGUGACAGAGCUGAUGCGUGGAGGAGAGCUGCUGGAUCGGAUCCUUAAACAGAAGUUCUUUUCCGAGAGAGAGGCCAGCGCUGUGCUUCACACCAUCACCAAGACCGCAGAGUACCUGCACUCACAGGGGGUGGUGCACAGAGACCUGAAGCCCAGCAACAUCCUCUAUGUUGACGAGUCGGGGAACCCAGAGUCUAUCAGGAUCUGUGACUUUGGCUUCGCGAAGCAAUUGCGUGCCAACAACGGCCUGCUGAUGACCCCGUGCUACACUGCUAACUUUGUAGCUCCUGAGGUGUUGAAGCGUCAGGGCUAUGAUGAAGGAUGUGACAUCUGGAGUCUGGGAGUCUUACUGUACACCAUGCUGGCUGGUUUUACUCCAUUUGCCAACGGACCUGAGGACACCCCAAAUGAGAUCCUGAACAGGAUAGGCAACGGUCACUUCAGUCUGACUGGAGGCAACUGGGACACUGUGUCUGAGGCUGCCAAGGACCUUGUUUCCAAGAUGCUUCAUGUGGACCCCCAUCAGAGACUGACUGCUAAGCAGGUCCUCAAACAUCCCUGGAUUGUCCAGAGAGACAAGCUACCUAACAGCCAGCUCCCACACCAGGACCCCAAACUGGUCAAGGGUGCGAUGGCAGCCACCUACUCUGCCCUGAAGAAGUCCCAACCAACUCCAGAGCUCAAGCCCAUCGAGAGCUCCUUCCUAGCUCAGAGGCGCGUCAAGAAGCUUCCCUCCACCUCCCUGUAGAGACUCAAAACAACCAAUCGGCUCACUGGAGACUGAGCAAAACCAACCAACCACCCAGUCAGCUUGCACGAGGACUCAAGUGUCCGCCCGCCUCUACCAGCCAAGGAACACUGACUGUGGUCCUGCCCCCAUCUUGUGAAAUCAGUUGUCCUGCUAUGGCGAUCAUCCUCUUUUGGGCUCAUCAGCUGCUGUAAGACAGUCUCUGUGGACUGGCAAAAGAUCGUGAAGAUAGAUGGGGGCGAUGAGGGCGCCAAAAAAAAAAAAAAAAAAGGUUUUUGGCAAAUGUAUUAGCGCUGUGUGUGAGUGUGUGUUUGUGCAUGACUUGCCACAGAGUCGAUGCAGCCAUAAUUUUUCAAUUGUGACAAUGAAAGUUUUCUCUCCUCAUCAUUGCUGUGAUUGGUCGUCAUCCGGCUUGCUGCACGCCUGUCUGUCCGCCUGUUUUGUUGUCCGUCAUCCUGUUCUUUUUGUAAAGUUAAUGAGCUUUAUAUUAGCGGGUGUGCUGCCAAAUCAACCUGUGCCAACAGCACUCACCACAGUACUGUCCAACUGCUGUUAAAUGUUUUGGAAAGAGCAUUAUUAACAUGAAUAUUAAACAUUUCUGCCAUAAAUGCCUCUUUGGCUUUGGUACAGCCAGGAUACGUGGAUCCUGGGAAAUGUCAAAUGCUGAUGUUUUGGUUAAUGUCAAUCUAUGCUUGUAUUUUGUUUUACAGAGUGUGUGUGUGUGUGCUGUCUUGCAGGAUCCUGCAGGGAUCAUGUGCAUGGUCCGGUGAUGUGAUGAUGUCAUGUGGCUUCCUUGUUUCUCUCUGCUCCCUUUUCUCUGCUUGGUCAACCUGCUGGCAACCAUUUGAGAUGUCUAUUAUUUUUAUUACUACAAAACUAGUAAAAUAGGUGGCUUUCUGUGAAAGAAAAUGUGCCCAGGGAACAAUGUGGCAUGUUAAAAUUCUAUAUUUGCUUUUUUUUUGUUUUUCAUUUUUAUUAUUUUCUUUGUGUUUCUUGGGUAAUGCAUAUUGAAUGUUGUUUCCUGUGUUGGCUGCUUUUGUUGUUGAUUGUUUUGUUCUUUUUCUUUUUGUCCAAAGAAAGUGGUGAUCAAAAUAGUGAAAGACACACUGAGCACUUCAGUCUGUGGACUUAAAGCCGUACAGGUCUCUCCUUCUGUUUUGGGAUGUAAAGGACAAAGCACAGCCUCUCUUCUUACCCUUAAAAACGGUCAAAUCACUGGUUGCUAUUAUCACACAGACCUUCAGCAGUCUCGUGUUUAACUCUUGCAACUCUCAUGCAUUAUAUUUGAAUUCUGUUGAUUAUAUAACAUGUUUCAUUUUAUUGAUCCUCAAUUUGAGACAUGCUAAAUAAGAGUAAAUGUGUCUCCGUGUAAGUAACUUCACAUGCUAGGUCCUGCUUUCAGCUCGGUGCCUGGGCCUACAGGUGAGGCAGAAUGUCUUGCAUAGAUGACACGUGAUGGACAAACCAAACAGCCUGUACAUGUGUGCAGGGGAAGACCUGUGUGGCUAAAUAAUCUAUGAACCAGCUGUCUUACCUCAAAAGGUUCUAUUAUAAUUCUUGUUUGGUGGCAAAAUUAUCCCUCCUUUGACAAAAUUUAUGUCAACAUGUUAUUGUAUGAUAAAGAUGAAGAUUUUUAUAUCUUACAACUAUUAAAAAUGCAGUUGCUACAACAAA